GUGUGAAGGAAGGAAGGAAGAGAGCAGCAUCCUCGUGGUUCAAUAUGGCGAGCUUACCACCACUGAAACUAGCAGUCCUGUGCCUGUUGCUUGCACUCACCGGAAGACUGCGUGCCGAACCAUCAUGCAUCGCAGUCUACUGGGGCCAAAAUGGCAACGAGGGAGGCUUACGAGACGCCUGUGCCACCGGCUACUACAAGUACGUCCUCGUAGCCUUCCUCAACCAGUUCGGCAACGGCCAGAUUCCACAGAUGAACCUCGCCGGCCACUGUGACCCCAACAGCGGCGGCUGCACUUUCCUGAGCAGCGACAUCAUCUCGUGCCAGCAGGACUACAACGUCAAGGUGAUGCUCUCCCUGGGCGGUGGCAUCGGCAGCUACCGCCUGGCGUCCAAGGAGGAUGCCAGGGAGGUCGCCCACUACAUCUAUAACAGUUUCUUGGGCGGCUCUUCCUCCAACCGGCCCCUCGGGAACGCCGUGUUGGACGGCGUCGACUUCGACAUCGAGGGAGGGAGCAGAGACCACUGGGACGACCUUGCUCGCUACUUGAAGGCCUACGAUACGCCGGAGCGGAAAGUUCAUCUGAGCGCGGCUCCACAGUGCCCCAUUCCCGACUAUUACCUUCAAACUGCGAUCGACACCGGUCUCUUCGACUACCUGUUUGUGCAGUUCUACAACAACUACUGCAGGUACACGUCCAGCAACGCGGCCACCUUUGAACAGAUAUGGAACCAGUGGGUUUCCAAAAACGUAAGCAAGGUGUUCCUCGGACUCCCUGCUUCUCCACAGGCGGCAGGAAAUGGCUUCGUCGAACCCGACGAGCUCAUAAAGAACGUUAUUCCCAUCGUCAAGCGUUCAGAGAAGUAUGGAGGAAUUAUGCUAUGGAGCAGAUACUAUGACGGUAUCUAUGGUUUCAGUCCUCGAGUAAAGAACCAUGUGUGUCCCAUUGACUUAUCCUUCGCCUCGUCCAUGAGGAUUAAGCCGUUGACGAUGAUCUGAACUAUGUCAGUGAGCCAGUCUACUUGUGAACCAUGUCUCCUAUGUCCUACGUGUGGUGUUCUCCAUCAGUAAAAUAAAGAUCGUGACAUCCUCACUAUGUUCUCCAUCAAUAAAAGAAGUCUUUGAUGAUGAUCUGAACUAUGUCAGCGAACUAUUCUACUUCCUUGUGAACCCGGGAGGAUGUCUCCUAUGUUCUUCAUCAAUAAAAUAAAGAUGGUGAAAUCCUCAUCAU